AGUCCGGUCCUCGAAUGUGUCCUUGACGGAUCGUGGUCGGGCAUGACGCCAACCUGUGUUUCAUGUCCAACACUGCUGGCCCCGGACAGUGGCGAGGUCCUCCUGCAGACUGACGGGAUAUCAACAACAGGGGUUUACAGUUGUGUGCAGGGCUACGAACUUGUUGGCCAGUUGAAUCGUACUUGUGGCACUGACGGUGUCUGGACAGGCAAUUCACCAACUUGCUCGUGUGUCGUUCCUGAGAUUCCUACAGGCGGCGAUAUAUCAGUAUCAAUAGACGGUACCGUCAUAAACUAUUCUUGUUCUCUCGGAUUCUCGAUGGACGGAGACCCAGGGCGUACAUGCCUUUCGGAUGGACAGGGCUGGUCUGGACAGCAACCGUCAUGCACUCUUUGCGACACAAUCCAAAACAUCAGCGGAGGAUCAGUAUCUACGUCAACGGAUGGUUUGGUGACUGAAGCCGCUUUCACCUGCGCUGCUGGGUUCACGAUGGACGGUCCGGCCACAGCACAGUGCCGUAGCGACGGCACUUGGAAUACAACUGGACCGUCGUGCAUUUCUUGCUCCACCCUGACUGCCCCGGAUUCCGCCACACAGUCAAUGUCCACAAAUGGUUCAGUGACGUUGGUCACAUACAUGUGUGAAGCGGGCUACCAUCUGGAGGGAGAGGCAGUCCUCACAUGCACUACUCAAGGGCUCUGGGACAGUGAUCAACCGGAGUGUGUGUGUGACCCACCAGCACAAAUCACUAACGGCGUACUGACCUUAUCGUCUGACGGUCGAACGGCAGCGUAUUCGUGCAACCAGGGAUUUAAUCUGAACGGAACUGCUGAAGGCACGUGCUUGAUGGGUGGACAGGGAUGGAGCCACGUGGAACCGACAUGUGUUCAGUGUGAUAGUUUUGAGAGCCCUGCUAAAGGAACCGUCAGCGUUUCAACUGAUGGUGUAGUUACACUGCUAACUGUGACGUGUGGGUCAGGGUUCACACUUGAUGGAAUUGUCGAGUUGCAAUGCGGAGAGGACGGGGCGUGGACGUAUGACGUCAACAGCUUCUCGUGCGUGAGCUGUGAUCCACUGACUGAGCCAAAUAAUGGAAACAUGUCCAUUAACACUAAUGGUAGUGUUUCGGAAGCAACAUUUUCCUGCAUCGCUGGAUACACCCUUGCAGGUUCCCCUCUCAGUUAUUGUGGCGUAGACGGACUCUGGUCUGACCCUAUUCCAAUAUGCGUGGAGUGUGAAGACAUGUCUGCAAUAUCCAGUGGUAGCGUAUUGAUGUUCAGUGAUGGAUUGAAAACGAUGUUAACGUAUGAGUGUGUAUCCGGCUAUAUGCUUCGUGGCACUAGCAGUCUUGAGUGCAGAACGGACGGUUCAUGGAGCGAUGGAUUUCCCGAAUGUGUGUGUGAGUCACCGAUUUCACUGAUAAAUGGCGAUUUCACCAUAAGCGCGGACGGCAUGACCCUAUCUUACGAAUGUGACGUCUCGUUUACACUGGUUGGUGAUAAUAUGAGAACGUGCGGUAGUGACGGAUCAGGAUGGGGCGGUCAACCCCCGACGUGUGUUAAAUGCGACAACCUCCAGUCCUUGUCGGACGGUGAUGUUACACUGACAUCCAAUGGAACGGUUACAUCAGUGACGUUUUCCUGUGACCUUGGAUACAGUGCCCAGGGUGUUUUCAUCGGCAUUUGUGAUGAUACGGGUGCUUGGGAUAUUACGCCGCCGUCCUGCGUGAGCUGCGAAGUUCUUAAUGUCAUACCCAACGGAGAAGUUGUUCUGACAACCAAUGGUUCAACUUCUUUAGCGACGUACACAUGCACAACCGGAUACUUCUUAUCUGGGGAAACAACUAGACAAUGCAGUGGGGGCACAUACUCGGGGUCGGAACCAGAAUGCUUGUGCUCUCCGCCGGCUUAUUUUGCAAAUGGCGAGUUUACCUCAAAUGGGUCUGUCAUCACGUUCCUGUGUGAUCAGCGAUAUACUUUAAACGGGCCGAACACGAGAGUGUGUUCAAAUGAUGGAUCUGGAUGGAGUUCCAUAGAACCGUUUUGCGUUGCAUGCGAUGCACUUACGGCUCCAACUGGCGGCUCAAUAAAUUUGACCACGGAUGGUUACCAGACAUUAGCAAUGGUGAAAUGCGACGUGGGCUACACCAUGUCGGGACCAGACGCACUCACCUGCAAUACAGAUGGAGCCUGGGAUAUGGAAGUUUCUUCUUGUGGAGUGGCCUGUUCGGCAUUGGACGUUCCUGUUGGAGGACAUGUGGAAUUGCAAACGAACGGCCAAACGACGACGGCAAGUUUUACUUGCGAUGUUUAUUACACUUUGGUCGGACAAGAUACGUUGUCGUGCAGAAAUGACGGUACAUGGAACUUCAAAGAACCAUCUUGCGUUCAAUGCCCGGUUUUGGAUGCCCCAGACAGUGGCUUUAUGGCAGUCACUAGCGAUGGUCUUGUGACCACAGCAAAGUACACGUGCCAUGCGGCCUAUUUCCUGAUAGGGGAUGAGACCUCUGUGUGUGGCACAGAAGGGUCUUGGAACUCGACUGCACCAACAUGUAUUUGUGUUGAACCAUCCAGCCUAGCAAAUGGCUCAAUUUUUGUGUCAGUUGAUGGCUUGUCUGCAGAAUAUAGUUGUGACCGAGGAUUUACAUUACAAGGGGAGCAGAGUGUAUCAUGCCUCGGAAAUUUCCAAGAAUGGUCGGCAGAUGGACAACUAUGUGUUACCUGCGGAGACCCACCAACAGUAGACGACGGAGACAUUACCGUACAAACGAACGGAACGUCUUCAAGUCUAAUUUUUAUGUGCCAGGCCGGAUACAGCCUUUCGGGUACCUCUUUAGUCAACUGUCUCUCCAAUGGAUCUUGGGACGAACAAUUUCCAACCUGUGUUGCUUGUAGCGAUGUGUUAGGGGUGGCGGAUGGUUCUAGUACGCUUGGUACAGAUGGAUUGAAAAGCAGCUACUCAUUCUCUUGUGGCGAGGGUUACAGUCUGGAAGGAGAUGCGGUCGUCACGUGUCUUGAAGAUGGGACGUGGACUAGUUCCCCUCCGAACUGUGUUGUUUGUUUAAACCUCACGGCUCCUGAUAGCGGUACAAUUACAAAAUACACGGACGGUUUAAAUACCUUUUCAAGUGUGUCAUGCAGUUCUGGGUACUACGCGGAUGGUCCGUUACUGCUAAAAUGCCAGGCGGAUGGGUCCUGGAAUGGCUCCGUUCCGCUUUGUGUGUGCGAUAUACCAGACGCUCCAACUAAUGGAUGGGUAGAAGUUAUUUUAGGCGGAUAUGUGGCCUACUACAGUUGUGAAGCUGGCUUUACUAUAGAGGGUAAUACUACCAGACAAUGUCAGACUGGUGGUCUGGGCUGGGACGGAGGCCAACCUUCAUGUGUUCAAUGUAGCGAAGUUGAAGCACCAAAUGCGGGAGCGUUGGUUGUAGAAACAGACGGCAUUUCUUCCUACGCGACCAUAACGUGCCAGGGGGGAUUCACGUUGAACGGCCUAGACGUAAUCUCAUGCGACGACAAAGGAUCAUGGGGGUCUGCAGUUCCCGAAUGUGUUUCAUGUGUGGACAUCUUGGCACCCUCGAGUGGUCAUGUGUCUUUCUCUACGAAUGGCAGCGUUACCAUGGCUACCUUUUCUUGUCUAUCCGGUUAUUAUCUCGUGGGAGAAGAAAUAAACACUUGCUCAAAAAAUGGAAGUUGGAUAUACCAAAGACCAUCAUGUGUCUGUGAAACGCCUUCAAAACCCGUUGAUGGUGCAGUGGAUGCGGACGGAUACACGGCGCAUUAUACAUGUGAGCCGGGUUACACUCUGUACGGAGAACAUGUCCGUGUGUGUGCAAACGACGGGUCAGGAUGGAAUGGAACAAAUCCCGUCUGUAAUGCUUGUGACAGUUUACCUUCGCUAACGGGAGGCAGUUUGUCGAUGGUAACAGAUGGAACAAGUACAUCAGCAAUGUACACCUGCAAUACUGGAUAUUCACUCAGCGGAACGACCACCCUGCAGUGCCGGUCUGAUGGCUCUUGGGAUAUCCAACCUCCCGAGUGCACGUCUUGCGCUGCCAUCGCACCAGUGGACCAUGGCUCAAUAGAUCUUUCUUCAAACGGAAGUCACACUUGGGUGGAGUACUCGUGCAAUCUUGGAUUCUCUUUGAAAGGGUUUCAAAUAAGUACCUGCCGUCCAAGCGGGGAUUGGGACUUUGUAGCGCCGAUCUGUGUGCAGUGCGACGACCUACCAGAUGUCAGCAGCGGAUUUUACUUCAUGUCUACGACCGGCAUAGAAACGACAGUGAGUUAUUCCUGCGCCUCCGAAUAUCAUUUACAGGGAGACGCUUCUCGCACAUGCGGAUCCGACGGCACCUGGGAUAGCAAUGAGCCAACAUGCGCGUGCAAUAGUAUUGGAGCUCCAGCAAACGGUAGCUCAGUUGUGUUAACCGACGAUCUGCUCACAACGUUCACCUGUGACGUAGGUUUCACGUUGAAGGGCGACACCGUAUUAUCCUGUGGAGAGGACUCUUCUGGCUGGAACGGAACAACGCCUUUUUGUGAGGCAUGCGCAGAGUUUCCAAUUGUCAAUGGCGGAAGCUACAAUGUUUCCACUGACGGAAGCACCUCUAAAUUAAUUGUCCAAUGUGAUGUUGGUUCAACUCUUAGUGGAGACAGCGAUAUCCAGUGUGGAGAAGAUGGAGUCUGGCAGAUCGCCACAGCGCCGACAUGCGUCGAAUGUCCAGCACUGUCUCCAGCAGAAAAUCAGAGUAUUUCUAUAACCACAGACGGAAUAACCACUUUCGCAUGGUUUACAUGUGACUUACAUUACAGUCUUGUAGGACACCACGUCAUCGGAUGUACAGAAGAAGGGCAAUGGAAUGCUAGCAGUCCAUCUUGCGAUCUGUGCCCAAGUCUGUUGGAACUAGACGCAGGUUUUGUUGCGUACAACUCCGACGGUGUGGUUACCCGUGCAACAUUCAGCUGCGUUGAUGGAUAUCACUUGAACACGAAUGAAAUUAUUGAAUGUGCCUCGGGAGUAUGGCAAGACCAAGCACCUACUUGUGUAUGUGAAGCACAGUCAAUACCAGAGCACGGCAAUAUGACACUAUCGGAAGACCUGAUGGUGGCAACAUUUACUUGCGACUUGGGUUACAUUCUCGUUGGAAGUUCCAAUUCUGUUUGUCAGUCAGACGGCACUGGUUGGAAUAAUGUUCCGCCAAGUUGUAAGCUUUGUGCUGAUAUACCAGCUAUAGAAUCGGGUUCAGGACUUCUUUCAACUGACGGGUUACAAACAACAGUUACAUUUCAAUGUGAAGCCGGUUCUUCUCUUAGUGGCGCUAAUACAGCACAAUGUGGGAUAGACGGAACGUGGUCUAUCGAAGCACCGAGUUGUGUAACAUGUCCAACGCUAAAUGCUCCCGAUAGCGGCAGUUUUGUCUUGGUUACUGAUGGUAUGGUGACGAGGACAGAAUAUUCGUGUGUUGAUGGUUACUACCUGGACGGGAACAGUUCACGUGAAUGCCUGUUGUCAGGAUCUUGGACGGGAGUUCAGCCCAAAUGCCGCUGCAUUUUACCGUCGAACCCAGUAAACGGUGCAGUCGAAUAUGGCAACAGCAGCGAUAACCUUGACACUGCUGUGCAUAGCUGUUCGGCAGGUUUCUCAUUGUACGGAGAUGGAUUACGGUAUUGCCAAUCAGACGGAUCAGGAUGGAACGGAACUGCACCUACCUGCGUCACAUGUUCAACCAUUGCCAUCGACGGCGAAACCACCUCGGCUACUUUUACAUGCGGGGAAGGGUACACGCUAACGGGUGAAGCAGACAUCGUCUGCAGAAAUGACGGAUCUUGGGACUUUCAGGCCCCUGAAUGCGUACCAUGUUCCGCUCUGGCUCAACCUACUGGAGGUAUUCUACAAUAUACGACAGACGGCGCAGUCACAAAUGCCGGAAUUACCUGUAACAACGGCUACACCAUUCUUGGAGCACAGAAUCUUACCUGCCGUGCAGAUGGUUCAUGGAAUUUUCAGCCGGGGACAUGUGUGAAAUGUCCUGACCUUGAGGACAUUAGCAGUGGCGUUUUAUCAAUGUCAACGGACGGAUCUGUUUCCGUAGCAGAUUACGUUUGUGCAUCUGGAUACGAUUUGGAUGGACUCAGUGAAAUAGUUUGCCUUACCGACGGUUCCUGGUCGGACCAACCCCCUGUUUGCAAAUGUGAAUCUCCGCCCCAAAUAUUACACGGCACUUAUACAAUCUCCAGCGACGGACAGACUGUCACCUACAGUUGUGAAAGUGGCAGCGCUUUGGUCGGCAACACCUCCCAGAUGUGUGACACCGCGGGAGCAGGCUGGCUUGGCACUCAACCGGAGUGUUUCGUCUGUGAUUCACUGACAAACCUUGCAAAUGGUUUUAUAAAUCUCACUACGGACGGUCGAACAACGUCGGUUGUAUUUACAUGUGAAGUUGGGAACACUUUAGCAGGAGCUUCUGUUGCUUCGUGUCAAUCCGAUGGCACAUGGGAUAUACAGCAACCAUCGUGUGUAUCCUGUUCUGGAUUAAGUGUGAUAGGCAACGGGACUAUGACGAUGAGCUCCAAUGGCACUUUGACGCUAGCGAAACACACAUGUGACCUUGGGUUUACACUGGUAGGGACAGACACACCUUUUGCAUGUCAGCAGCCAACUAUUUUGGAAAACGGUAACUUUGUGAUAAGUACCGAUGGGCAACAGACAACCGCAAACUAUUCGUGUCAAUCUGACUAUACCCUCGUUGGAGACGACGUCCAGUAUUGUGGAAAUGAUGGCUCAUGGACGGUCAACAUGCCUACUUGCGUAACUUGCUCAACGCUGGAUUACGUUUCUGGGGGUAAUGUGAAUAUUUCCACCGACGGCGUCACGACAACAGCAACGUUUACGUGCGAAGAGGGGUAUACAUUACAGGGAGACUCGGAGAUCACCUGCCGGAGUGAUGGAUCAUGGGACCUGCAGGCUCCAGAUUGCGUGAAAUGCCCAAGCUUUGAAAACCCUGACAGUGGCACGCUUUCCAUUAUGACGAAUGGUUAUGUUACCAUGGCAACCUAUGCAUGCAACUCCGGGUACUAUCUUGAUGGAUCAAGUGAAACAAAUGUGAAGCUCCACCCGCAAUACAGAACGGAUCCUACUCAAUCUCCGGUGACGGACAAACUGUUACUUACAGUUGUGAUGUUAGCAGCUCAAUUGGUCGGAAACACGUCCCAGAUAUGUGACUCCGAGGGAACAGGCUGGCUAGACACACAACCGGAGUGCGUCGUCUGCGACCUACUUACAAGCAUAACCGAUGGUUCAGUCAAUCUCAAUACGGACGGUGAAACUACGUCAGCUACCUUUACAUGUGGUGUUGGUCAUACUCUAGCUGGUGAUGCUGUUGCCUCUUGUUCACCAGACGGCUCUUGGGAUCUUCAACAACCAAUAUGUGUGUCCUGCCCUGAAUUAAAUACAAUAGACAAUGGGAGCCUAUCCAUGAGCUCCAAUGGCACUGUGACAAAGGGAGAGCACAGAUGUGAUCUCGGUUUUACCCUAGUUGGAACAGCUAUUCUUUCGUGUUCUGACUCUGGAGUGUGGUCAUCCAGUCAACCGUUUUGUGUUACAUGCCUACCACCAGCUGUUGUUGAGAACGGUAACUUUACGAUACGUUCAAACGGACUCGAAACAAGUGCGAUAUACUCUUGUGAUGCCGACUAUACACUCGUAGGAGACGAAGUUUUGUAUUGUGCAAGUGACGGCCAGUGGGCAGACAACAUUCCUGUUUGCGUAUGUUCGUCCUUUCAAAUGCCGACAAAUGGAGGCAUUCAAAUAUCUGCUGACGGCACGACUGCAACGUACACCUGUGGUGAUGGAUAUGCGCUCAAUGGACAGACGAUGCAACAGUGUGGCAGUGUCGAGGACUUAUUGUCUGGAAGCCUACCUCCAACAUGUGUACCUUGCUCGACACUGGACUUCGUUUCCGGUGGAUCAGUAAAUAUUUCUACUGACGGCGUAACAACGAUAGCAAGGUUUACAUGCGGUGAGGGAUACACGCUACAGGGAGACUCAGAUAUUUCCUGUCGGAGCGAUGGAUCCUGGGAUUUCCAAGCUCCUGAGUGUGUUUCGUGCAAUCCUCUGACGCAGCCGGCGGGCGGAACGCUAAGUUACUCAACGGAUGGUACGGUGACUAGGGUAUCUGUGUUGUGUAACACUGGAUACAGUUUGAAUGGUGCAAGGAAUCUUACAUGUCGAGCAGAUGGAUCUUGGAAUCUCGAACCUGGAGUGUGUGUUUCUUGCCCAACCCUGACCGACCCAUACAGUGGUACAGUUGAUUUAGAAACGGAUGGUACAACCACCAAGGCUACGUAUAUGUGUGCUGCUGGCUACUAUUUGGAUGGAACGAACAGCCUUACCUGCCAAACCAACGGAUUUUGGUCAGACGUGGCUCCUAUUUGCAAGUGUGAAGAACCACCCGUUUUAAACCUCGGAAGUUUUAACAUAUCUGUGGAUGGGCUAAUGGUGACUUACAGUUGUGAAGUGGGUAGCUCCAUGUUCGGCGAUACUUCACAGAUGUGUGACACCGCAGGGGCAGGCUGGCUGGGAGAACAGCCGGAGUGUUCUACAUGCGAUCCAUUGGGCUCUGUUCAAAACGGAACAUACCACUUUACCACUAAUGGUGAGGCGACAUUGGCGACUUUCACUUGCGAUGUAGGAAACACUGUAUCCGGAGUAUCCGUCACCACCUGUCUCAGCGAUGGCUCUUGGGAUCUGCAAGUGCCAACCUGUGUGUAUUGUCCUGAAAUUGCCGCCUUGGCAAAUGGAAGUUAUAUCGUGAGUACGAACGGAACUGAUACUAUAGUUGACUAUCGGUGCGAUGUGGGCUUCACACUUGCCGGUGUUUCAUUUUCGUCUUGCCAGUCAGAUGGACAGUGGUCAAAUCAAUCGCCAGUUUGUGUCCCGUGCUUAGAGCUGGCAAGUAUCCACAACGCCGACAGGGUCAUCACUACAAACGGAACAACUACGACUGUUAAUUUUUCGUGUAUGGAUAAAUAUACUUUGGUUGGAGAUGAAGAUCUGAUUUGCAUGACUGAUGGGUCAUGGCAAGGAGCAACCCCGACAUGCGUGUGUUCAUCAUUCCAAUCUCCCUUGAACGGCGAUCUGAAGAUCUCGGAGAACGGAACAGGCGCCACAUAUACCUGUGCAGAGGGAUUCUCUCUCAGUGGAGAGGCACAACAAGUCUGUGAAACUGUUGAUGCUCAGCUUGCCGGCAACGACCCACCGACUUGUGUGGGGUGUGCGACGCUCCAAGCAACCAACGCAUUUACUAAUGCCAGUACGGAUGGGUUGACGACCGUCAUGGAAUUUACUUGUGAUGUCGGUUACACUUUGGUCGGGUCAUCUAGUACACAGUGCCGUAGCGAUGGUUUAUGGACAAAUGACCCGCCUUCUUGUGUGUCAUGCCCGGGCCUUUAUGCACCAGAGGGAGCAGUGUUAGAGCAGAUUUAUAGAGGCGGUGUUACAAUUGCCAGCUUUAGUUGUAACAUUGGGUACAGCAUUCUUGGAUCCUCCAUUCUGACAUGUCGUACGGAUCAGACUUGGGAUUUCCAGACACCCUCAUGUGUGCAAUGUCCAAGCCUUGUUGAUCCUGCAAGCGGCAGCGUCGACGCAAGCACUGACGGAUUAACCAUGGAAGCUGCAUUUGUGUGUGCGUCUGGAUAUUAUCUCGAGGGAGCUGAUGUAAUUUUGUGCAAUACGUCUGGACUAUGGAGUGAAGAUAGUCCUGUUUGCAAGUGCGUUAUGCCAACUAGCAUUUCAAACGGCGCUUACCAGGUAAGGGAAAACGGCAGUGUGCUCGAGUACUCGUGUAUUGAGGGGUAUACACUUUCUGGAAUGACCUGGUCAGACUCUAGUCCUUCAUGUAUAAAAUGUGGUGAUCUGGCAUCGCCAGACUCGGGUAAUGUAUUAUUAAGCACGAAUGGUACCGUCACACACGUGCAGUAUUUCUGCGAUGUUGGAUACUCAGCAUCUGGCGUCAGCGAGUCCAGAUGUCUUGAAGAUGGAACGUGGGAGCUAUCUGAUCCUCCUACAUGUGUACCAUGUGAGCCACUAGAAGACAUGGUAAACGGGAGCGUUUCUUAUACCACCAAUGGUACUGAAACAGCUCUCACUAUCGAAUGUGAGUUGGGGCAUACUCUGAGUGAUAAUGCCAUCGUUUCCUGUCAGCCAGACGGCACAUGGACAACCGGACUUCCUCAGUGUGUGUAUUGUUCCUCGCUUAACGACCCCAAGAACGGCUUUUCGGAUUCGUUUAAUGAAGACAACCAGGCAAAAGUAUCAUUCAGUUGUGACAGCGGUUACACCCUGAUUGGACAGUCGACAAUUACCUGUCGUCCGGACGGAACGUGGUCGGAUGAUUCACCCUCUUGUGAAUGUGAGGUGUUCAGUUCACCACGGAACGGGAACUUGACAAUUUCCACGGACGGCACUAAGGCUAGUUACACUUGUGGAGAAGGCUUCACACUGACGGGAGACACUACAAUAGAUUGCAUUACAGCAAUAACAACCCCAGACUAUACACCUCCAUCUUGCACUCUGUGCGAUCCGCUAUCAACUACCGCAGCAAUUGCAUUGGCCUCCGAUGAAACUGUGACUUCGGCGACAUUUUCAUGUGAGGUUGGGGCUACGUUAGUUGGUGCAAGUAUCGCCACUUGUCGAAGUGAUGGAACAUGGAACACGUCUCCUCCAACAUGCGUUACGUGCGCGACAUUAGGCACCGUAUCUGGGGGCACAGUGGAGCUACAGGCGUCCGGGACGACAACAACAGCGGUUUUCACUUGCGAGACGACACAUGCCCUAUACGGAGCGGCUAAUCUCAAAUGCCGAGACGAUGGAUCGUGGGACUUUCAGCAACCAAUAUGUGUUUCCUGUCCUGCCUUGGACACACCAACAAGUGGCUUUGUCAACGUUACAACGGAUGGAUCUAACCCUGUUGCAAUGUUCACAUGUGCCAGCGGUUACUUCAUUGACGGCAGAUCCAGCCUCACAUGCCAGGCAGAAGACGGUCUGAGUGCACUCUGGGACUUCCACCAACCUCUGUGCAAAUGUAACCCAUCCGGUCAGAUAUCCAAUGGGUCGGCGGCAUUGUCGGCAAACGGCAUGUCGGUGACAUACACUUGUGACACUGGCUUCACGCUCAAUGGCGCUGGAAUUAGGUCUUGCAACACCGACGGGACAGGCUGGACUGGCACAGAACCAAGCUGUGUUUCUUGCCCUGAACUGACCACUCUUUCGAACGGGGAUAUAACCCUGGUUACGAACGGCUCAGUGACGUCCGUUGAAGUGGCAUGUGAUGUCGGUACAUCUGCCAGUGGAGAAGACAUGCUUGUGUGUAAUCCGGAUGGUACAUGGAAUGCAAGUCUGCCUGACUGCGUGGAAUGCCCUGCUCUCACACUGGACAGUCAUGGAAGCGUUAAUGUAACCAGCACUGGUACCAUUAGCGAAGGUGCGUUUUCGUGUGACGUCAAUUACACGAUGGCUGGUACCGAGCGUCUGACAUGUCGGGAGGACGGAACAUGGUCAGCUACGGAACCAACGUGUGUUGCAUGUUCUGCCAUUGAUACGAUCCUGAACGGUCAUAUUACAAUUACCACAAAUGGGAGUUUAACUUCAGCUGCGUUUUCAUGUGAGGACGGAUAUAGUUUGGCUGGCUCGGAAAUAUUGGAAUGUAACUCCUCCGGAAUAUGGGACAAAUCCAUACCUAAGUGUGAGUGUGACCGGUUUGUGUCCCCCACCAAUGGCAACAUGAUGGUGUCAGCUGACGGAUCCCAAGUAUCAUACACCUGCGAUGUCGGUUUUUCCCUCCAGGGUGUUCCUUCUCAAGAAUGUAUUCCUGCAACAUCUGGCUCCUCCGUCCAGCAGCAGCCUUCUUGUGUAAUAUGUGGAACAUUGUUUUCAACGGCUGGUCUUGAGGUUAUACAGUUUACGGACGGUGAACGAACGUACGCCGAGUUUAAAUGCGAUCCUGGUUACACAAUGAGCGGGAAGACAAUCAUUAGCUGUCGCUCCGACGGCACAUGGAAUGCCAGUCAGCCUACAUGUGAGGUUUGUGAAACAUUGACGCCCCCGUCUGUCGGUGAUGUAUCGAUAAUGACAGACGGUGAGAUGACCUCUGCCAAUGUGACCUGUCCGGCAGGGUUUGUGUUGGACAGCAGUGGAACCCUUAACUGCAGAGCUGACGGAACCUGGAACUUCGACGUACCUGAUUGUGUUUGUGAACCUCCGCCGUCUCUGCAAAAUGGGGAAACAAUCAUCUCUGCAGAUGGGCUUACGGCUAGGUAUUCCUGUCAGUCAGGCUACAGUCUCUCAGGUCCAACCACGAGAGUCUGCCAAAGUGACGGUACUGCUUGGACUGACGAGGAUCCCUUUUGUGUUCAAUGUGAGGAACUGCACCUUGUGAGUAACAUGAACGUGACCUUAGUGACAAGUGGUGUGAUCAGUCAAGCCGUUGUAUUAUGUGACCCGUGGUUUACCCUCGCCGACAGCCAAAACGUCACCUGUAGCUCUAACGGAUCAUGGAAUAUCCACCUUCCGACAUGCGUACGCUGCGAGCAGCUGCAGGUUGGAACAGGCCUGUCGUACAAGGUAACGACAAGCGGCUCCCUCUCUGUAGCAGAAUACACAUGUGCCAGCGGGUACACGCUAGAAGGAGCAACGAGCAGCUCCUGCCUCCGUAAUGGCUCCUGGGACAGCGUGCCGCCAUCAUGUGUCCCGGCUGCCUCCACACUGGAUCCAUGCGAGGCGACGACGACCGAAUGCAACAGCGGAGCCGCCAUCGGUCUAGGAGUAAUGUUUGGCCUGGCGCUCAUUGCCGCGGUAAUCCUAGGAUACUUUGCCUGGAGAUACUGGCGACUGUGGAAGGGCGUCGGGGGAGGCAAGUCUGGCUUGUACUCGAAAGCUACCCAGCCUCAAAUAACCACCUCACCAGACGGAAACUGGAUAUUCAGCGAUAUUGACAAAGGAACGAUAUCGCCGUCCAAAGCUCCGGUCAGUCAUGUACGCCACGUUACCGACAUGGGUCGAGCUGAGUCCUCGCUUGCUCCGCUAGCUGCACAGAGAGAAAUAACAAUGAGCAGUAUUAUGACGCCAUCGCCGGGUCCCCUAAGCACACGCAAUAUUGAGGUCCAGCGCCCUCCAGCUGGCGUUUUCGACCACCGCUCACCGUCAGGAUUUUCCGCUGUCAGAUCGAGGGAGUCAACAUUUGAUUCCUUUUUGUCACUACCGCAACAAGUUUUAACACACAGGGACAAUUCAUCCCUUCAAAAAAGAAAAACCGCUGUGGAGGUGCCUAAGAUUAAGAUAGACGCCGCCAGCGUGAAGAAAAAAGACCGGAAAAUAAUGGCACGGCAGUCGCCACUAGGGAGCGAGGGUGGCCGUUUGUCGCCUUUCGUUCCUAUCCAGGAAGGCACGUACAGGGACGGAAGCCCACUACCGGAACAGAUUCUUACACCUCGAGACGAGGAGACAUUAAAGGCAGAAUCGAGGCGUAAGCAUACAGACCCAACUAAACAACCAGUCGCUCAAGUUCGGCGUCCCCGGAAGAAAAUGAGUGAUCUGAUCGACAAGGACGCAAGUCUCCGACAUGUUUACCGGUCACCUUCGCAAAGUCACCACACAAUCACACAGCUAGACCAUGACAUACCCGAAAUGGACGUUUAAUCCAAUCUAACUAUAGUGUAUGCUGUGAGAUGCGGACGUUAUAUAUUUCCACCGUGAGACCUCUCCAUUAUAGGGUUUUUGUUUCGUAGUGUAAACGUUGUUAUUAUGUUAUUAAAGA